UGAUUUAAAAUAUUGAAGUUUUAUGUGAAUGGUAGUGUAUUACUUACCAAAUAGCUGGGAUUUCUUCUGGUUACCACCGUCGAAUGAUUGUCGUAAUUGAACGAUUUGAUAAAUCCCGUAAUAGUGACAAAAAACUGCAGACAUCCUUGAGGAGCCUGUGGGAACGCAAGCUGUGAAAAGACCAUUUGAAUUUGUUUGCCUUUCUGAGUUAAGUCAUUUUACUUGUGUGAUUUUUAUACUGAAUGCUUUUGGAUGAACGGAAUUCGAUGUAGCCGUCAAAUACACAAAGGGGGAAGAUUCCCUCUCAAUCUGUAAAUAAACUGCCCAAACAAUCAGUACCUCAAUUGUUUAGAAUAUAAUUGUACUGAAACCCACGAUGUUGUCCACUAUUGAUGCCACAUAUAAUCGGGCGGAGCCAUCUCGAAAAACACAAAUUCCACCAGAACCUGCUGCGUGUUCCAUCGCAGACCGAUUGUGAAGGUGCAAGACAGUCUCUCUUCGAUCGGGGCUGGAUAAUUCGGACUUUGAAAAUAGCUUAUGUUCUGCGUUGUCCGAUCGUUACAUCCGAAUUGAACUGCAAGGUGACAAAAUUGUAGCUCACAAUAAAAAGAAUUUAGAGUUAGACACCUACAGACACAGCACACACCAAAACCGAUGGCGCACAGGUCUACCGGAACACCACCCAACUGACUGCACUCGGUUUCGUGGUAACAUAUCCCUUGCAGCGAAGUAUGCUGGUCCCUUCGGGCCGCACAAGUAAAACGACCAUUCGAACACUUGGUUCCUGAACAGCAUUGUCACCAUGGGUUCCGAACAGUCUCAACUGCAACAGCCGGAAGGCACUGCAAUUCGUAGCGGUAGCCUCCGGGCCCAGUCUAGCAAUGCAACCCCCACUCCAACCCGUUCGGCAGCGGGCCCCAAACUACUCCGCGGAAAUACAAUAGCAGCAACGGAAGUAUCGGCGCUCAACUUGGACGAUAGUAUUGCCACUUCGUCAGGCACUCCGUCGUCGGCCUAUAUCUGUGAUUCGCGACCGGUGUCACCACCGAUGAGUGUAUGCUCGGACUCCGAUUUACCCUACAUAUCAUACACGGACAAACCGAUCGGAGACUCGCCAAAAUUGAGAAACAAGCAGCAAACAAAGAGCGGCAAAGUUCGCCCCAACAGUGUCAUCGUGGGCAGAACACAGGAAACGCAGGCCCGCAAUGGUGGCGCUGGUCUCGUGAAACCACGGCCUUCGUCGGCCGCACAUAGCAUUGUGGUGGUUAAGCCGGCCACCGUUAGGGAAACUGGCAUCGAGAAAGAUGACGACAUCGUGCGACUGCAGAGUGUCCCAAUGUUUCUGCCGGUAAUGCGGGGUACUCUCUCACUGCCAGCGAAUCGUGACCCCGAGGUGCUCGAGCGUCUGCAGCCAACCCAUAUGAUCAACAUGUGCAGCCGUCUGCAGACCCACUUCAACACUUGUGCCACACAGGUCGCCGCCGAGCAGCAGCAAAUCACCAACAAAAUCAAAGAGGUGGAUCAAGAAAUCUCCAGUGCAUUGGCGCAAUUGAUACAGAAGCAAAAGUUGUACACAUCGUACGCCGAAACGUUCUCUAAGGUGCGGGUCAUAUCCCAACAGCUCACCAGGUGCAAUGACAUUCUCAACCAAAACAUUGAGAGUAUGGAGUAUCUGAACAAUCUGUUGGAUGUGGAGGAUCGGUUGGAGCCGUUCGUGUGGAAGACGGAGUGAACAGAAUCGCUCCGCGAGUUCGAUCGACCGAAGAUGAAGGCAUCAGAUAUUAUUAGAAAUGUUACGAAUUUCUAUGUUUUAGCUUUUAAUCACUUCUCGAUUUUUUUUUGUUUAUAGGCCGCUUUAUUAAAUGUACGAAUAAUGAAAAAAUAUACAUACUAUAACGACAUAUUA